CUGGCUCCUCAGAGACGGCAGCAUGAGGCUGAGGACGACCCAUCAUGGCUUCACGCAGGCCGUCAACAUUUACUUUGACAAACUCAUACCAAAAAUGGUUCCUCUACAGUUCAAGAAAGGAGGUCCUAUCAUUGCUGUUCAAGUUGAAAAUGAAUAUGGAUCUUUUGCUAAGGAUCACAGUUACAUGUUAUUUAUUAAAGAG